AUGAACUACGAUGUUAGGACUAUUGGUGAUUAUGAAGUGCAUAUUACUAAAUGUAUUGGGUAAGGAAGUUAUGGAAAGGUCUAUGAUGGAAGAAUAAUCAGUUAAAAUAGAAUAAUAUGUGUCAAGGUAUUGAAAAUGAAAUGAGAGUAGGUUUUACAUUUGACAGAAGAGAAAAGAUAAAUGUUUCUAAGAGAAGUCGAAAUUCUUGAGGAAAUUAAGAAGGUUACUCAUCCUAAUAUUGUCAAAAUUUAUCAUUUAGCAGAGUAGAAUUAAAAAAUAUAUAUUUUCAUGGAAAAGUGUAAAGAGAACCUUGAACAAUAAAUUCAGAAACAGAAAAAGUAGAAUUAAUCAUUUUCAGUUGAUUAAGUGCUCUUUAUUGCAAAAUAAAUCUGCAGAGGAUAUAAUGAAUUAAGAAAGAAAAAUAUAAUCCACAGAGAUAUAAAGCCUGAAAAUAUUUUAUUAGGAGAGGAUGGAUAAUAUAAAGUAUUUUCUUUUUAAACUUAGAUUAGUGAUUAUGGGUUGAGUAAAUAUUAAAAUGCUAGUGAAUCUACAUUGAGACAAACUUAAUUAGGAACACCUUUAUUUGUAUCACCAUAAGUAUUGUUUAUAGGGAUAUAUUCAAAUAAAGCAGAUCUCUUUAGUGUAAUCUUCAUAUCUAAAUUAGCUUGGAUUGACUAUUUAUUACAUUACUUUUUAAGAACCUAUAUUCAAAAUAAAAACCUUAGGGGAAUUAUCGAAUGAACUCAACAAAAUUAGAAAGGGAUUGAGCUUACCAUAAAUCAAAAAUCAGGGAGAUUAAAAUUCAAAGCGAUAUUUAGAAAUCUUUUUAAAAAAAACAAUUGCAUAUGAGGAAGAAGAAAGACUAAGUUGGGAUGAAAUCUCUAGAUAUUUAGAAGAAAAAAAUCAAAAUUCAUUAAUCUUUAAUGCACCACCAGAACAAGAUAGUAACAAAAACAAAGAUACUUUGGGAAUUAAUUUACAAAGAAUGAGGCAAAAUGAUGCUGAUUCUGUCAUUUAUUCUAUUAAACCUACCAAGUAGGAAACAACAUAAACUUUAGAAUAAUAGCCACUAGAACCUUAUAUUUUUAUAAAAAACACUAAUUAGGAUUCUCAAAAUAUCUCUUAAAGAUUCUAAUAAAACCUAUAGAUCAAAUAAAAUUAAGAUUAAAAUGGUCGUUAAAUCCAGGAUUAAAAUUAAAUUAUAGACAAUUUAUAACUUCCACAGCAACAAUGUUUAGAAACUCGACUCAAUCAUCCAUAAAUAAGUCUAUUUCAAGUGUAAGAUACUCAAAAAGAUGUUAUAAUUUCCGACGUUUGCGAUUCUUAGUUUGAUUAAUCCAAAGAAAAUAAUUAUUUAAAACAAAAUAAUAAUCCUAAUAUUAUCAAGCAAAAUAUAAGUAGUUCAUAAUACACUUAAGAAAUAAUAUUUCGUAGGGAUUUCCAAGAAAGUUAAGAUAUAUCGGUUGUUCCUCAAAAUAACUAUGAUGAUGGAUUAAAUAUAGGUUAUGACAAUGAUUCAUAUAACUCUGCAAAUCAUGCACAACAAUAAAUUAUUUUCUUAAAUUACCCUGAUUAAUUACAGAAUUAAAUACCUUAGGUAUUCAAAUAUGAGAGAAGAAGUGAUUGCAAAGAUUUUUUUAUAAAAAAUAAUUAAGAACCUUCAGAAUCUAUAAUUAAUUUUAACAACAUAGAUCCCUAUGAAGAUGAAAAUUACUGUUAAAUCUAAAAUCAAUUAUCAGUCUCAAAGUAGAAUAAUUAAUAAUUUGAUGAAUAAAAUUGCUCUAUUAACUAUAAUGCAGAUGGGAAAAAUAAUCAAUUAUAUGAUUUGGAUAAUCAAUUAUCACUUAAUCACAUAGACUCUUAAAGUGAAGUGAUAUCAGAAUCUUAUAAAUUAUCAGAGACAACUUAAAGGGAUUGCUUAAACACUUAAAAUAAGCUUCAGUAAACUUCAAAUUCUGAAUUAUUUGAAGAUGAAGAUACUUUCAAUUAAAGUCUAAAAGCCAAAAGUUCCAUACGUUCAUAAUUUCAAUCUCAAACCUAGUAACCAAAUCAAAUUCCCUAGAUUAAAUUCUCUUCUACAAAUAAGAUUUAAUCAACCUGUCCUUCAGAUAUGAUACCUUAAAAUAAAAUCAGUAACUAGACCACUAAUUUAGCCUAAUUCAAAUAUGUAAAAUAAAAUGAAUAAGCUUAAUAUGGAUAAUAAAUAGGAUUGAACACUUAAGAAAUUCAAUCUUAGAAUCUAUAGAAGGAGAGAGGCUUUUAAAAAAAAAUCCAAAAUUUCAAUAAACAAGGAAAUAAUACUUCAUAUUAAUACAACCAAUCAAAAGCCUAAGAAUUUUAGAAUUAAAAUGGCGUUUAAAAAAUUGAACUCUCAAACAAAAUUGUAGAAUUUAGCAGUUCUAAUGACACCCAACCUGAAAAUUAAUAUUUAAAUUAGUAAUAGAUGAUUUCAAAUUAAAAUGAUAAAAUCUAAAAUGGAAAUUAAAAUGGUAUUUUAGAAUAAGGUUAAGGAGUUGCUAGAUAGAAAAUUAGACUAGUAAAAAAAGUAGAUGUUUCCCAGUAAACAUAACCACUGUAACAAGUGUUUUAGAUAAUAUUGGCAAAGAUUAGAUUGGCUGAAAAUGUUUUUAAUUCCUACCAAGUCUUUAGGUAUGAUAAUUUAUUAUAACAUAGAACAAAUCUAAAAUUCUAAAAGUUUACAAAACAAUUUGAAAUUCUCAAUUACCUUUUACAUUACUACUAAUAUGCAUUGAUAGCAAAUAUAAGAUUACUUUUAAAGAAUGAUAAAGGUUUAAAGGAAUGUUAUUUACUAAAAGAAUUAGAUCAAUAUAUUGUUGCUGGUUAAAUUGUAGAUUAUUAAAAGUCAAAUUAAAAAUAAAUAAAUGAAAUAAACGAAAUCUAUUAAGAAAAACUUUAGAUUUCAACAGUAAAUUUAUUAUUUUUAAUAUUAGUAAGCAUCCAAAGACUUUCAAGAUUUUCUUGAUAGUAGAGUCAAUAAUGGAGAUAUGUUGGAUGUGAUUAGAUUCAUUGAGGAGGGAAAGUUCUUUAGGUAUAUUUCUUACAUUGAAUUAUAUGAAAAGUACUUUAAAUAGAUAUUCAUUAAAUUUAAUAGUGGCUUGAAUUAUACAGAAUUGUUAAAGUAAAGAUUAGUUUAAACUAGAUUUUUUGGAUAUUCGAUUAAAUUUAUAAAGAUUGAUAAAGAAUUCCCAAUUCAAAAUUUUAAAAUUAUUGAUCCUAAGUAAAUCGAUUACAUGACAGACAGUUUAGAAACGUUGUAAGAGUUCAUAUAGAGUUAUAUGAAUGUAAAAUGAGG